UGCGAGCGCGCGCGCUUCAGGGGCGUGGAGAGGAGCAUCCUCUCACGUGACCAGCCCUCCGCGCUCGCGCUCUCCUCUCCGGUCCGGAUCUCUUUUGUUGUGUCGCCACCGCCGCCGCUGUUUGACGCGUCCGGAACCGGUCCACCUGCGCGUGGAUCUAUCAGCCGCCUGCGGGGUUUUUCCUUAAUCUGAACGCGGAGACGCGCAGCUGAGCGGGAAGGGGAGGCGCGGAGGGUGAGGAUGCUGCCGCUGCUUGCAGCCCGGACGAACCGGAGCGGCUGCGAGGCUUCCUGAACGCGGAAUCCUGAGAAGAGCUGCCUGCGCGUCCGUCCACGUCCACGCAGAGUCGCGCAGAGCUUUCCUCUCUCUUCACCUCGGCCUGUGAGCCCCCCCCCCCCCCCCCCCCCUUCUCUCUGCCGGACAGGGCGGGAGCAGCCGGACUGUCCUCUUCCACGCUUAUUCACCUGAGCUGAGAGAUAUUUCCCUGCCCGCGUGGACGUGGGAUCAUCAUGCCGUUGGGACCGGGGAGGUGUCGGCCCGGAGGGGGGGUCCGGUACUUGGCGUGCGCCUUUCUGCUGGCUCUGUUGCUGCGCGUGCCGGAGGCGCGUGCGUCGUAUUCCCACAGCGGGGAGUGCAGAGGAAAAGGGAAGGAGUGCACAGAUUUGUCGGAGAAGAAGAGCGACCUGAGGGUCUGCGAUGAUUCCACCUGCAGAUACGGUGGCGUCUGCAGAGACGACGGAGCGCAGCUCAAAUGUGUCUGCCAGUUCCAGUGCCACAAAAACUACGAGCCAGUGUGCGGCUCCAACGGAGACACCUACCAGAAUGAAUGCUACAGACGGCAGGCGUCCUGCAAACAGCAGAGGCUCAUCUCCAGAGUGUCGGACGGGCCUUGCUCUGUCGACCCUGGUUCUGGUUCAGGAGAUGGAGAGGAUGAUGAAGGUUCAGGUUCGGAUGUGGGGAAAAAGUUCACCAAAUGCAGCACGUGUAAAUAUGGAGCCGAGUGUGACGAAGACUCGGAAGAUGUCUGGUGCAUCUGCAACAUUGACUGUAGUGGUCACAACGAGAACCCGGUGUGCGCCACGGAUGGAAACUCCUACAACAAUCCCUGUCUGGUCCGAGAGGCGUCGUGUAUGAAGCAGGAGCAGAUCGACGUCAAGCACCUGGGCAGGUGCCUCGCUGAUAAUCAAAAACCUGGAAAGAAAGACGACAGCAGCCCCUUCAAAAUAAAUGUUUUAGAAACAACAGGUCUGGAUCAUGGAGAAGGUUUCUACGCUGGGAUGCCGACCCCCUGCUCCGACAGCUACGCCAGUUACUGCGUGCACGGGAAAUGCGAGACCAAAUACAACAUCGCCACCUGCAGGUGUGACACAGGUUAUAAAGGUCCUCAGUGCGACGAGCCUCUGGACUUCAACAUCCUCUACGUGGUUCCCAGCAGACAGAAGCUGCGUUACGUUCUUAUCGCUGCCUUCAUCGGUGCCGUGCAGAUAGCCAUCAUCGUUGCCGUGGUGAUGUGCAUCACUAGAAAAUGUCCUAAAAACAACAGAGGACGUCGUCAGAAACAAAACAUGGGACACUUUUCUCCGGACACUAACUCCCGCAUGGUAUAGCUGUGCGUGUUGACGAUUCUUUUUGAUAAUUUUUUUGUUUAUUUUUACAGCGUGGAAAAAACAUUUUUAACUGUAGCUGUAGUAUUAAUAAAGGAUGGGGAUAUUUAUUUAAUGGGGCCUUACGCUUCCCUUUUUUUUGUUUUGGAUGGAGUUUGUGCGCCUUUAUUGUGUCACUUUUCUUUUCCUGACGUCUCAAAAUCAAGAAGCCAAAUCCUCGCACCCCAGCAUCACAUUAUAUCACUUGUCUGCGGAUGUUAACGGUUCUUUCUGUGCUGUUUACUACAACCUGUCAAUUCCCCUUUUUCUGUUUAGCUCUUUACUGAGGAUGAGCAGCUGAUGACCAAAUGCAGUUUGAUUUCAGUGUUUCCUAGGAGGUGAGGGGAGGGGUCACACAGUGUGAUAGAUUUGUUUACACUUAUUCUUUGGUAUGAAACUCCAUGUAAAGUCUCCACUGUAUUAAAAUAAGCUAACUGUUUAUUUUAUUUUUUUCUUAAAGUAGUUUUUAUACAUUUUUUAAUUUUGAUUUUGGAUUCUAGUUCCUGUAUAUUAGCAUGACUUGUGAAAACUGUGUACUGUGGCGUAGUUUAAACUUUUUCGAAGGUAAUGCUGUCAUCCUCGACGCUGCCUCCAUCGCCCUCUGCUGGCAGGAACGUGGAAAGGCAAGAGGAGACGCCGUCUUUGAGUGUAAACUAGAGGAAUGUGUCAUAUUAGGAUUGAGAAACCACACAGACCGUUGUACAUGUCAUUACCGGCUUUGGAGCCUGAAUGUUCCCCAUCUUUGUAAGUCUCAAGUCAUAAUUGUAAAAAAAUGAUGUCAAAGUCAAACGGAUAACUUUUAAAUGCGUUUUUUUUUUUUUUUUUAGGUUAACAAGAUGUUUUUAUUUGAGUAGGAGAGAUUUGUCUUUGUUUCUGUAAUGAGUUUCACAUUUUCUCUUCUGCAACACAUUCCAAGUGCACAGAGCCUGAUUUAAAAAAAACAAUCAAGAAACUGUGGGCCAAACUUAAAACAAGUUUCAGAGAAGAGCACUUUUUUUAAAGAAAAAAUAGUCUUUGGCCACAAGUGUAUUUGAUUCUUAACUUCAUACUCUUGCAUAAAUGCUUUUCGGUUACCAGAGGUUAUCACCAGGGGGCAAAUAAGUAAAUGGACGACUUAACCCUUCUGCUAUCCUAGGCACUUUGACAUUGGGAGUUGGGUCAUCUUGACCCACUAGACAGUGCUCUGAACCUUUUUUCUUCAAUGAUUUGUGAUCUUCACUGGUUUCCAUGGAUUACAUGAAAUCCUAUUCACCUUUGUCAUGGUAGGGAGAACACGCCAAUGGUCAUCUCGACCCCGUAGGAUAGCACAAGGGUUAUGGUUUAAGUAGCAAGGAGAAAACCCUUGUUAUUAAUCCCUACUGGAUCUUGAAGUCUGUAAAUCAAACAGUAUCUGGUUCGAUUUUCUUUCCAACACUGCCUCUACUGGUCACCUGCGUAUUGCAUCUGUUGUUGCGUUCAUUUCAGAUUGCAGCUGAGACAGCUGCCAUCUUUACAAAAACAGGUCAUGAUGUUAGACAUAAAUUAUUGUCUGGAGAUGGUUUUCAUGAAUGCAUGUCUGUAAGGAUCCAUGUGGAUCCGGACGCUCUGCACAAGCUCCGCCCUGCCUGAGACUGUCAGCCGCAGCGAGUGAGGGGUCUGCGCAUGUGUCGAGGAAGAAUGCUGGAUGCUCGUUUCGUGCUCCGUCUGUAUUUCAUGUUUGUACUGUGUUCGAGUCCUGUCCUAGAUAAACUGUUGGACUCACCCUUUCUUUUUCAUGAUGUUUGGACAAACACAAUAAACUAAUCCCAACAAA